AUGGUGGAAGAUGAAACAGAAGUUCUAGACUGGGGAAAUGAGGAGGAAGACCGGGGAACUUCGGAACAAGAUCCAAGUCUCGCUGCUGAGGAUGCAGAAGAUGCUGUGUCGCUUGGAGGUGACGAGGACGACGAAUUCCUGACCUACCAGCCUCGCGUUUCACAGGGCGGUGCUCAGCGCACACAGUCUCCUUCAAAGGCGGUCAAUCACUCCGAAAAAAAUCAGGAGAUACCAGUUUCUGGCGCCAACGCUCGGGGCAAGGCUCCUGAGCAUGAUAGGCCCAAAACGCCAGUAAGGACUCCCCAGGAACCACAUACGGUUCCCGAAUCAUCUCCAGUUCUCAAUCGCCAGUUGUCGUUUGGGAAACUUACUCAUGCUCUUCCUCCCAAACCAAUAGUGUCUUCAGUUCCAUUUAUGCAUCCUUCUCAUCCGUCCAUCAUUGAAGCUACAGCCAUGGCAGCUCGCGUCGACCGGGACAAGAAAAAUGGCAUUGCUGUUGUCUCCAAGCCCACGACAUUUGAAUCAGGGGAUAUACUUCCCCCAGAUUGGGAGGUUAGACACCCGAGAAAUGGCCGCGGUGUCUAUUAUUAUAAUUCUCGCACCAAAGAAUCGACUUGGACGCGUCCUGGCAGCUCCCCGCCUGCUCGUGAUCGG